AUGGAGCCCCCCCGGAGCGCGAGCACCAACGAGUCGGUGCUGACGGUGGAGUUCAACCCCCGCGACAGCAGCAGCAUCGUCAGCAGCGGCAAAUCCCACGUGUUCUUCUGGAGCUGGAGCGGCGGCGCGCUCACCAAGAAACACGGCAUCUUCGGGAAGUACAAGAAGCCCAAGUUCAUCCAGUGCUUCAUCUUCGACGCCGCCGGCGCGCUGCUCACCGGGGACUCGGAGGGGAACAUCCUCACCUGGACCCGCACGCCGGGGAAGGGGGGCAAAGAGAUGUACCAGAUCGGGCAGCAGACGCGGGCCCACGAGGGCAGCGUGUUCGCGCUCUGCCGCCGCCGCGACGGGACCGUGCUCAGCGGGGGCGGGAAGGACCGCAGGGUGCUCAGCUGGAGCCCCACGCUGGAGCUGCUGCACGAGGUCGAGCUCCCCGAGAGCUUCGGCGCCGUCCGCACGAUCGCGGAGGGUCCCGGGGAGGAGCUGCUGGUCGGGACCACGCGGAACGCGCUGCUCCGGGGCACGCUGGGCUCCGGCUUCACCCCCAUCGUCCAGGGUCACACGGACGAGGUUUGGGGUCUGGCCACGCACCCCAACUGCUGCCGCUUCCUGACCUGCGGCCACGACCGGCAGCUCUGCCUGUGGGACGGCCGGGAGCACGCGCUGGCCUGGAGCCUGGCGCUGGAGGACACCGGGCUCUGCGCCGACUUCCACCCCGGGGGACACGUGGUGGCCGUGGGGCUGCUGACCGGGCGGUGGCUGGUGCUGGACACGGGCACGCGGCAGCUCCUGGCCGGGGGCUCGGACGGGAACGAGCAGCUCUCGGUGGUUCGCUUCUCACCGGACGGGACCUUCCUGGCCAUCGGCUCCCACGACAAUUUCAUCUACAUCUACAGCGUGGCCGAGGGCGGCCGCAAGUUCAGCCGCUUCGGCCGCUGCACCGGUCACUCGAGCUUCAUCACCCACCUGGACUGGUCCAAGGACGGGCGGUUCAUCAUGUCCAACUCGGGGGAUUAUGAGAUCCUCUACUGGGACGUGGCCGGGGGCUGCAAAUUGCUGCGGAACCGCUUCGAGAGCCGCGACCGGGAAUGGGCCUCCUACACCUGCGUGCUGGGCUUCCACGUCUUCGGGGUGUGGCCGGACGGCUCCGACGGCACCGACAUCAACUCGCUGUGCCGCUCGCACCACGAGCGCGUGGUGGCCGUGGCCGACGACUUCUGCAAGGUUCACCUGUUCCAGUACCCCUGUGCCCGGCCCAAGGCUCCCAGUCACGUGUACGGCGGGCACGGCAGCCACGUGACCAACGUGCGCUUCACGCACGACGACGGGCACCUGGUGUCGCUGGGCGGGAAGGACACCAGCGUGUUCCAGUGGCGCGUGCUGCCCGGCGACAGCGGCUGAGCGCCCGCGCCUCCUCUUCCUCGCUGCCUCCCCUUCCCCUUUCCCCCUUGCUGGGACCAAAGAGCGGCUCUCGGGGGCUUGGUGGAAGCCUUCCUCCCGCCGCGUUCUCGCGCUGCCGCCGUGAGAGGCGUCAAUAAAAGCCUUGGGGUCA